CUCUAGUUUCUGUGUUAUCAUAAUUUUUAUUUAUCCCUAUCUAAUAAAAAUAAUUGUUGGUGUUGCUUUAUCUAAAGCGUGUCCUUGGCGGCGAGGGAGCUUGUGGAGAAGCUCACAAACUAUCCCAGACAGCCAGCAAAGAAAGCGUUGCAUAAUUUUACAUAGCCAAUGUCUUGGAUGAAUUGCAACUUUCCGCGGAUAUGAACUCCGGAACUCUUGGUGCCGUGCUGCAAUUCACUAAAUAAAUUAACUCAUCAUCAGCGUACCGGGUUGAAAAAAGUGGUUUCCCUCCCGGUGCCAACUGAUAAUUUCGGUGAUUAGUUGCGAAAUAACCGCCCCCAUAUAACAAAGCAAUUGUUGUUCGGGCUGUUCCAGUCACAGCUCCACUUUAUCGGGCACGUUUCCAUCGGAGUUAUCAGAGCUUAUCGUCGCGCUACACGGACACCACCAUGCGCUACUGCCCGCCCAACGUUACCCUCAGCGAGGUGUGGACGCAACAUGGCAUCUCGCACUGCUUCAUGGACACAGUUGGCCCGGCCGUUUACGGCGGGUUCCUGCUGCUCUUCGGCUGCAUCCAGCUGCUGAUGUACCGGAAGUAUGCCACCCGAAUCACAGACCCCACGCAGAUCUCCCGGUCGAGGUUGUUCGCGCUUCAGCUCUUCCUGCUGCUCCUGCUCCCAAUACUAGCAGCGAUACGGUUCCUCCUCAAUGCACGUAUUUAUACUGACAGUACGGUGUACGGGUACAUGAUAUUCUCCACCAGCAUUGUAUGCUUCUGCUACCCGUUCAGCAUUUGCCUGAUAUUGAAGGAGCGUUUCUAUCAGCUGCCCUCGACGCCCACACGUGGACACGGGCUUAUUCUGCUACUGUUUUGGACUCUGGCCUUCAUCAACGAGUCGCUGGCGUUCAUCAAUUUACGACACGAGGACUGGUGGUUCCAUCUAAAAACCAACAAGGAUCAAAUUGAGAUGGGCCUGUUUGUCACCCGCUUCCUCUGCUCGCUGCUGAUCUUUGUCCUGGGUCUGAAGGCCCCUGGCAUCAUGGCGCCGUACAACCCACACCAACGACUCGACAACGACACAUCUAAUGAAUCAGAAGGAAACGUUCCGACGGGAUCGGCUUUCAGGAACGGUUGGCGAAAGCUACGGACUCUCUUCCCCUACCUGUGGCCCAAGAAGGAUCUGGCCCUGCAACUGGCCGUCAUCGUCUGUAUUAUUCUGCUGAUUGCCGGUCGCGUCAUAAAGCUGUUUUUGCCGAUUUAUCGCAAGAAGUUGGUGGACAGUCUGACCAUUGAGCCGAUCAUCUUCCGCUGGGACUUUGUGCUAAUUUAUGUGGCUCUGUCCUUCCUACAAGGCGGCGGCACGGGGGGCAUGGGAUUGUUUAAUAAUCUGCGCACUUUCCUAUGGAUAAGAGUGCAGCAAUACACGACCCGUGAGAUUGAGAUUGAGCUAUUUCAGCAUCUGCAUCAACUCUCGCUGAGAUGGCACUUGCAGCGAAAGACGGGCGAAGUGCUGCGAGUCAUGGAUCGUGGCACGGACUCGAUCAACAAUUUGCUCAACUACAUUGUAUUCUCCAUUACACCUACAAUUUUGGAUUUGCUUGUAGCGGUUGCUUUCUUCAUAUACGCCUUUAAUUGGUGGUUCGGACUUAUCGUCUUCCUCACCAUGUUCCUGUAUAUAGCCUCAACCAUUGCUAUAACGGAGUGGCGUACCAAAUACCAGAGGAGAAUGAACCUGGCGGAUAACGAACAGCGUGCUCGCAGCGUAGACUCUCUGCUGAACUUUGAAACAGUCAAAUACUAUGGAGCGGAGCGUUACGAGGUAGACUGCUAUAGGGAGGCCAUUCUGAAGUACCAGAAGGAGGAGUUCUUGUCCAUGCUGACCCUCAACAUGCUGAACACCGCCCAAAACAUAAUCCUGUGCCUAGGCCUGCUAGCCGGAUCCCUGCUCUGCGUUUAUCUGGUGGUCCACCACCAGACGCUGACCGUGGGUGACUUCGUUCUCUUCUCCACGUAUCUCAUGGAGCUCUACAUGCCGCUGAAUUGGUUCGGCACCUACUACCGGGCCAUCCAGAAGAACUUUGUGGAUAUGGAGAACAUGUUUGAUUUGCUGCGUGAGGAGGAGGAGAUUGUGGACGCGCCGGGCUGCUCGCCAUUGCUUACCGCCGGCGGUGGCAUCGAGUUCUCCAACGUAACCUUUGGUUAUUCGCCAGAAAAGGUGGUGCUGCGAAACGUGAACUUUUCUGUGCCCGCCGGCAAAACAGUGGCGAUUGUGGGGCCCUCUGGAGCAGGUAAGAGUACGAUCAUGCGGUUGCUAUUCCGCUUCUACGAUGUGCAGACGGGAGCCAUUCUGAUAGAUGGCCAGAAUAUCAAGCUGGUGCAGCAGCAGAGCCUGCGGAAGGCCAUUGGAGUGGUGCCUCAGGAUACGGUUCUGUUCAACAAUACCAUUUUCUACAACAUCGAGUACGCGAAGUUGGGCGCCUCCGCCGACGCCGUUUACGAGGCUGCUCGCGCCGCCGAUAUUCACGAGAGAAUUCUCGGUUUCCCGGACAGCUACGAAACGAAGGUUGGUGAGAGAGGUCUCCGACUCAGUGGAGGCGAAAAGCAGCGUGUGGCAAUUGCCAGAACCCUCUUGAAGGCGCCCAUAAUUGUGUUGCUAGAUGAAGCAACCUCCGCUCUGGAUACUCACACAGAGCGCAAUAUUCAGGCUGCCCUAGCCCGGGUCUGCGCCAAUCGCACUACCAUUAUUGUGGCCCAUCGGCUUUCUACGAUCAUCCAUGCUGAUGAGAUCCUUGUGCUGAAGGAGGGAAGCAUUGUGGAACGUGGUAGACACGAAGAGUUAGUCCUUCGCGAGGAAGGCAUAUAUGCGGAUAUGUGGCAGCAACAGCUAAAGAAUCUAGAUGCGGAGCAGAGCUCCGACAAUGGAGACGCUAGUGAGGAAUCGAGCGCAGAGAAACGCAGUGGCGCUGGUGGAGCGGCCAGACCAUGUGGGGCUGGACCAAGUGGUGCUGGAACGGGUGUUGCCCACUUCAGGGCAGGACAUGCUCAUGGUGGAGCGCGCUAAGGCUAAGAACAAACACAAAAUACUUUUUGUUAUUCCUGUCUCCAUGUGAUUUGAGGUAAAUUGUUUUGUUACGUAUAAGACGUUCGUGCAAGUCCAAGUUCGUCAAUAAGUAAUCAUAUACGCUACUCUUAUACAAAUAAAUAACAUAGAUUUUUAUAGACAA